AUGAAGAUAAACUGUGAUGUUGCUUUUGAUGAUCUUACUAAGUCUGUAGGUAUUGGACUAAUAGGUAGGUCUUUUACAGGUAGUGCGGAUGGAGCUAGAUGUUGCAGGACUAAAGCAUUAGAUCCAGAACAGGCUGAAGCAAAAGCACUGCUGGAAGCUGCAUUAAUGGCAAGGCAAAAAGGGUAUCGAUAUGUGCAUAUAGAGGGCGAUUGUUUAAAUGUUAUUAGUGCUUUAAAUGAUAGAUCAAAAGCAAUAACAUGGACCACAAGAAACUUGAUAACUGACUAUGGAAAUGUUUUAAAUUCUUUUGAUAGUUGGAAAUGCACUCAUGUGCUUAGGGAUGUUAACCAUGUUGCACACAAGCUUGCAAAACAUGGAAAAUAA